AUGAGCGUUUUGAUGUUUUGGAACGUCGACGACAACACAACUUGGCCGUCAGACGAGGCGAUCAAACGGUACAGAAAUCAAAACGCCGACGACGCACGGGCCGUGAAGAUAUUCGAUUACAGGACGGGUCCGAAGUCGAUUGUGGACGCCGUAGACCGGGAAUUCCGGCUGGCGGAACACCACGGCCACGGCGUCCGGUUAGUGUUAACCGGUUACCGGGACCCAGUAUUAGCGAAACGUCUAUACCGGGAACGCGGGUUACCAGUGAACAUGGUGUUCUCGACCGUGGAAAUCGCAGACGGCGGCGACUGGUCCGACGCGUUUUGGUCGGACGACGGCAUCACCAUGUCCGGAUGGAACUGCUCAGCCGGUGAAGAUGAGGAAGACGACCUGGACAUGAUCAGCCACGUACUACAAUUCGUCAACGACCUGUCCUAUGACUACCGGUGGUACGUCCGUGGCCUACGCGACAUACCCUCGAUGGCCGCAGCCGACGUGAAUUGCGUGGACGGCGUGUACUCGUCCACCAUGGACACUUUCGGCAAUGGCGUUCAAGCCGUCGAACCCGUUCUGGACGCCAUAUUGGAACAGCUGUGCGGCAAAGCUUGUGUAAACCAAGCGACGCAGGAAGGCGACAUCCGGUGGACGUUGGCGUCUGGCGUGAUCGAGGAAGGCGACAAGGCGGCCGAAGACGGAGCUCGCCUGGUGGCAUUCCGCAAUGACUGUUCUGCUUCAGCCGCGAUUGAUUACACUCAGCGGACGACCAGAGUGGCCGCGUCAUUCGUGUCCGCGUUUUGGAACGAUCAUGCCGACAUCGCGGUUACCAACGCCAACCGCACACUGGCCGCUUGCUUGACCGAAAACCUCAGAGCCGUGGCCGACGCGGAACUCGCCGAGCUAUCCACCGAACAAUUUGCGAUGUGCUUGAACGCCAAGUUCAUCGCCAGCAGGCGUUGGCGACGGACGGUUGGCGAUUCGUCUGUGGGCGGAUCCACGGCGGCCGCUGGCCCGUCAUUGUUCCGGCCGGAAAUCCGGGAACGCUGCGAGAAGUUUUUGGCCGUGGAACACUUGGUGGAUCUGAUGGCUGCCGGCGAUAACAACGGUUUGUUCAUUCGGAGUCACCUGGAAUACUUAGAACCGUACGUCUUACCCCAGAGGCUAGUAGACUACGCGUCAACAUACUUUGACUAUGAAGUCCGAUAUUUCGCACUCACCGACACUCUGGUGUUUAGAUUCACAAACGGUGAACGCGGGCGGUUCGUCGAACGCAGUCACGUGCACCGAUUUUCUGGGCCAAGAAAUUUCAAAGAGUUCCAUGCCGAGGCGUUUCGAACGAAAGACUUUAAGAGCGACGGUCACGGUACUGAUCGUCCAUUAGCGGUGACCGAUCCAAACGUGUUCCGGUACCGGGAAUUUGGUUACGUCGAAGCAUCGGAUUUCGCGGUACGCUACGUGUCGGCAACCGGCGACAUCAAAAUUCGAGCAGAAGUGUACGAAUUGCGUGAUGACGACGACAAAAGUUGGGCGGUAGCGUGCGAACGGCGGUACCGGAUGAAAGUGGAAUGUGGUGAAUUUUGGGUAACAGUUCACAGCGUGGUGACAGCAGACGACGACGGUGACGGUGGCAGAGAUCGGCAGACCGAGCUGAUUGCCGGUUUAACCGACGGUACCGUGGUCGCGGUAACCCGGUUAUACCGCGGUGGUUUCGACGUGACCGCGCGAACGAACACCGGUCCCACCAACGACGACCUCAGCCAACCAUACGUAUGGCCGGACGGCCGGCAGGUGUUUGAAUUUGUCGACGACGUGGUCUCUGUAAUCGCUGCUGACGGCACGUGGACAUCUGUCGACUUUGGGCGAGCAGACGACUUCGUAUGUGCGACGUACCUGUCGGACGGCGCUCGUGUCCGGAUGACGACUACCCAACCCGUCGUGCAGUUUUGCCACGACUCCAAACCUGGAGAACCGGUAACCGACAAAUAUUUAGUGUGUCGUAGAGACUUGUCUGGUUAUGAAUUCGUCAACGACCCUGAUCUACGGCAAACGGUAUGUCGGACGUACAAGAGUUCUGACCGCGAAACGCCGUCGCCUGUAACGGUUGUGAGAACGCUAACACGAAACCGAUUCGACCGCCGAAUGGCAGAAUUGAUGGACAAGGCGCUUUCCGAUCAUCUAAUAACCGUUAAAACCUUAGCCAACCGAUUAAACGCCGGACUUCCAGACAACAAUGACCGUGGUGACGAAGAACUAGACGAAUUAUCAGACGAACUCCACGGGGGCAUCUCCAUGGUCUCUCAUUCAUCAGCUAAAUUAUAAUUAUUUAUGAACACUUGACUCCGUCACAAAUUGACAUCAAAAUUAAAAGUUAUGUCCAAAUAUAUUAUUUUUGUUCUAUCGUACAAAGUUUUUAAGCUUUCGAUGCAUAAAACUAAGCUGUUGAAUUA